UAACAAACUGUUCAAAUAAAAGUGUGUCAAUCUAAUCUUCCAAUCUAAAUAAUAUCUAGUUUGGUUUUUCUGUUAAAAAAAUGUAACAGAAAAGAGUUUUUCCCACAGCAUGUGUUCAGAUGUUGAGUUGAGUAUAGCGACGUAAGCGGCUUUCUUUACACCAGAACGUGAACGCGGAGAAAGUCGGCAAGGCCAGAAUACGCUCGGCCGCUCGCCUACUUUCGUACGCGAACGCGACUUAGAUAACGCUCGCGCCGAGAACAGAUCACACCACAGCACACUCUCACCGGCGAGGAAGUCGCUCCGUGUUUGUUGGUUCCCUUGCAAGCAGACAGAUGAGUCCAGUUAAGCUCUAUUACUUUCCACGAAGUGGGCCAUGCAGAGGUGCCCUGCUAGCGGCUAAGCAAGUGGGAGUGGCCUUUGACAUUCAAAUGGUUGAUCUCUUGAAGAAGGAGCAGUUUGACCCUGAGUUUAUCAAAAUCAACCCUCAACACACUGUACCCACUCUAGUGGAUGGCGAAUUUACAUUAUGGGAUGGCCAUGCCAUUGCAAUGUACCUGGUAAACAAGUACGCUAAAGAUGAUUCUCUAUACCCGCGAGAUCCUAAAAGAAGAGCAGUUGUUGACCACAGACUGUUGUUUGACAUAGGAGUCCUCUACGCCCGCAUCAGGGAUAUUUGUUUUCCUGUAUUGUUCCGAGAUGAAACAGAGGUGACUGCAGACAAGAUCAAGUCGCUAGAGGAGGCGCUGGGCUGGGUAGAGCUGUUUCUACGCGAUAACUUAUGGGUCGCAGGUUCUAAUCUGACCAUUGCUGACACUGCUUUCCUGGCUUCCAUCACCAGCAUUGCGGCAGUUGGAUACAAACUAAACAAGUUCACCCGUAUUCUUGACUGGCUGGGCCGCUGUGAGAAAGAAGUCAAGGGGUGGGAGGAGAACAGGUAUGGAGCAGCAUUGUUUGGAGAGGCGGUUGCCAGCAGGUUGAAGCCAGGACAAUUUAUGUAGUCUCCAUACUAUUUAUAGCUCCUACUAAAUUGAUUCUGACAGAAAUGUAAACAUUAGUAAUAGGCCUAAUCACGUACAAAAUUUAUCUGUCAACUAAUCUCAAUUAUAAUAUCAUUAAAGAGUAAUUUAAUAGCUUGGUUUUCAAUAUUUUACUCAAUAUUCUGUAUGUAGGUGGCAUAUAAGGCAGGAAAAAUUGUGUCAAAAUAAUGCUGAGUAACAGUUAAUAAGAAAUAAACGUUUAACAGAUUAUAA